CAUGUUGCUUUGUUCCUCCCUCGUCGACGCUCUUGCAAUUGCUCUCUGGGUCUGAAACCAGUCACUGGAUUACUGUGUCACUGGAUUACUGUGUCACUGGAUUACUGUGUCACUGGAUUACUGUGUCACUGGUUGUGUUGCUGUUCAUAGCGGGACCCUAGAGAGAGUGGCUCUUAUUCCGCUUGUUUUUGGUGAUUUUAUUGGUGUAGUUUGCUGCCAGCUGUUUCAGUUUAGGGUUUAUAGGGUUUUGAGUGAGAGGUGGUGGGGUUUGGAUUGGCGGAACUCUACUGAAAAUUUGAAGUUCGUUCCGUUUAUUACAGGAAUCUCGAAUUUGCUUGAUUUCUUUUUAUUUUUAUUUUUGGGAUAGAAUGGGGAAUUAGCGGAUUUUGUUAUCGAGGGUGGCUUUGGGGAGUUGCAGGGUCCAGGCUGUUGCGUAGCAUACAAUUCGAUCGUGAAGCGGGUUUCGCAGGGCAUUUUGUGAGAGUUGAGAGAGGGAAUUUCGUGUUGAGAAUCAUGCAAACCAACUAGCUCGUCGCUGCGAACGCUUUCACUCGCUGUUGGAUAUGGUCACCGUUAGACUGUCUUACGGUUUCCAUCACAUCUUCCGGUUAUUAGGGUUCUUGCUUCGGCCUAUAUUUUUCUGAAUUUGGUAGUCUUCUUUGUUGAUAUUGGAUUAUCGUUGAGAUCGUAUUUUUGUGGCCGUUGUGUUGAGUUUUUGUAUGGGGUUUUAGGGGAUCCUUGGCUGUCGUAUUACGGUCUACUUCCUACUUUGCUUACUGCACUGCUUUUAGUUCUUGUGGAAAUUAGGGCUGGAUUCUGGGGAUCUUUCUGGUCAGUUUAGGUGAUCGCAACUUCAGAAUAACAAAUUUUAAAUAUCUAAGUAAGCAGAAUGCCGCAGCGUCAUUCGAAGAAUAAUAAUGAUCUCGCGUUUUUCACGUAUGAUGAGAGAAAGAAAUUAGGAUAUGGCACGCAAAAGGAGCGGUUGGGGAAAGACUCCAUAAAGCCCUUUGAUGCGUGCUGCAUAUGUUUGCAGCCUAUAAUCGAUCCUAUGAGCUGUAUGAAAGGCCAUUUGUUUUGUAAAGAGUGUAUUAUUGAGUGUUUGGUGGCUCAGAAGAAGGACAUCAAGAGGAAGUUGGCUGCUUUCAUACAGCAACAGAAGAGCGAUAAAGAAGAGGAAAUAGACAAAGUUACCGCCGAGAAGCAGCAAGAACUUGAUGCAUUUGACCGACAAAACAAUUCUGCUGUGCCACACCAGCAAAUCGCUGGUAGUUCCGGUGAUCGUCACGUAUUCCAUGGGGCUAACAGCGUGAGAGUUACUUCAUAUGAGGAAGAAGCACUUCGCACAAUGAAGGCUUUUUGGUUGCCAUCAGCAACUCCUGGUGCCGUAGAACGAGUUCAAGCUCCGUCUACAGACACUGUCUGCCCAGAGGGCAAGGAGAAGCUGAAACUGAAAGGCUUGUUUCCAGUUGUCUUCACCGAAGUGAGAAACAGAGAGAAGAAGGAAGUUGAUCUUGACAGUUUCAAAUACAUGUGUCCCUCAUGCUCCGUGACCCUGACGGAUACGCUUACACUCGUUGCUGUUAGUACUUGCGGCCAUGUCUUCUGCAAAAAAUGUGCCGACAAAUUUGUUGCACCAGACAAGAUAUGUUUAGCCUGUAACAAUCCCUGCAAACCCAAAAAUUUGAUCACAUUGGAGAAAGGAGGAACAGGCUUCGCUGGGCAUGAUGAGAAUCUGGAGGCCAAGGCUUUUAAACAUGUAGGAAGUGGGACUGGCAUGGGCCUUGCACGUCCUACAACCAAGCUGUAGUGUAUUUUUCAUUUAGAACAGUAGUUUUUACUCAAAAUCUCGGAUGUUCCUCAGAUGAUUUUGUUUCUGAGCAUGAGUUUUACCUGGACGUAAAACGUUUUCCAGACUGCCUAAUUGAGGGGUCGACGAUCCGACGGUAGUUUUGUUGUGGUGUUAUUGUAGUGAAUCUCUUCCCUCUUUCUGCUUCUAGAAUCAAUUCGGCACAUUUUGUUGUGGUGCGCAGCUGCUUUGUUUUGUUA